CAUCAAGAAACAAUCGCGAGAGAAUUGAAACGGCGAGUUUGUCCAGGAGAAGGUCUUCGCAGGGGAGGGGUAAAUCCGGUAAAUGGACCAACCGGCCAUCGAUGACGACAGCACCGGCAAUAGAUCCCGGAGCCAAUGCUUAUCAUCGUCGGAGCACUGCCUCAUCGACGGUAACUGAAAUGGUCGUCCGCGGCCGGUAGUGCGCCGCGCUUCGAGAUUCAGCGAGGAAAAGAGAGAUUAGUAAACACACGGGGGGAAUUCUAAUCAAGACUCGACGAUCACACCAGGGGCAUGGCGCAUCAACUACUCUUCUCGGCCAGCAGGCUGGAAAGGCUAAUCCUGCGGUCCGCUCAGAAAGGUUAUUUCGACACGUUUCAGCUGAGACGUCACUUAUCACUACUUAAAAAUAGUACAACGCUGUCUGCCAUCGAGCAGGUACAGCAAAAGUGGAGAUUAUUUUGUAAAGAACCACCUAAAGGAUUUGAAAAGUUCUUCAAACCAGGUGAAGGUAAAAAUGGCAAGAAUGCUGCCAAAAAACCAGAAGAAACGAGUAAAAAGGCGGAACGGGCUGAGACGGAAAAGGCUGGAACAAAAGAACGUCCGUCGUCUUCAUCUUCGUCUACCUCUACAUCGUCAUCUGGUGCCAAGGAGUCUAGUUUCCAGUGGAUAUCUAAACUCUUUGGAAGCUCACAAGGAGGUAAACCAUUUGAAAGUGGUGAUAAGGAGAAAACAAUUCUGAUUUUGGUUACACUUGGAGUAAGUGGCUUGAUUGGAUUGCUACUUUCCCAGGAUAUGAAUCUAAAAGAGAUUACAUGGAGAGAGUUCAUAUAUAAUUAUCUAAAUAAAGGUCUUGUUGAAAGAUUAGAAGUAAUAAAUAAGAAAUGGGUGCGUGUGAAGCUCUUACCUGGGUAUACUGUUGAUGGUUCUGAUGCACUAUGGUUUAAUAUUGGAAGUACGGAUACUUUUGAAAGAAAUUUAGAAAAUGCACAAAUAGAAUUAAAUAUGGGACCUGAGAAUUAUAUUCCUGUGAUCUAUAAAAAUGAAAUGGAAACUGCAAAUCUUUUGUCAUAUUUGCCGCAGAUUAUCAUGUGGGGAUUCCUCAUUUUCUUAAUACGAAGAUCUGCGGAAGCAAUGUCUGGUAAAGGAGGUAAAAGAGGUGGACUUUUUGGUCAAGUGAUGGAAUCAACUGCAAAACUAAUAAAUUCGAAAGAUAUUGGUGUACGAUUUAAAGAUGUUGCUGGAUGUGAAGAAGCUAAAAUUGAAAUCAUGGAGUUUGUAAAUUUCCUAAAGAAUCCGCAACAGUAUAUAGAUCUUGGAGCCAAGAUUCCAAAGGGUGCUAUGUUAACAGGUCCCCCUGGAACCGGUAAAACUUUGUUAGCUAAAGCUACAGCUGGUGAAGCGAAUGUACCUUUUAUUACAGUAUCAGGUUCAGAAUUCUUAGAGAUGUUUGUAGGUGUCGGUCCUUCUAGAGUACGCGAUAUGUUCUCCAUGGCACGAAAGCAUGCACCGUGUAUAUUAUUUAUUGAUGAAAUUGAUGCAGUUGGGCGAAAGAGGGGAGGUCGAAAUUUUGGAGGUCAUUCUGAGCAAGAAAAUACAUUAAAUCAGCUCUUGGUAGAGAUGGAUGGAUUUAACACAACGACUAACGUGGUUGUAUUAGCAGCGACUAAUAGAAUAGAUAUUUUAGACAAAGCGUUAUUAAGACCUGGACGAUUUGAUAGACAAAUAUUUGUUCCUGCUCCGGAUAUCAAAGGACGAGCGUCUAUUUUCAAAGUGCAUUUAGCUCCUUUGAAAACAAUGUUAAAUAAGGAUGAAUUAGCGAGAAAGAUGGCAUCCUUGACUCCUGGAUUUACAGGAGCCGAUAUUGCAAACGUUUGUAAUGAAGCAGCUCUAAUUGCGGCGAGAGAUUUAAAUGAUAACAUCAAACUUAAAAACUUCGAGCAGGCUAUUGAGAGAGUAGUUGCAGGUUUAGAGAAGAAGACCAAAGUAUUACAACCAGAAGAGAAGAAGACGGUUGCUUAUCACGAGGCCGGUCAUGCGAUAACUGGCUGGUUCUUAGAAUACGCAGAUCCACUUAUAAAGGUGUCUAUUAUUCCGCGCGGUAAAGGAUUAGGAUAUGCCCAGUAUUUGCCUCGUGAGAUGUAUCUUUACACGAAGGAACAGUUAUUCGAUCGAAUGUGUAUGAUGCUCGGUGGACGAGUAUCGGAAGAAAUCUUUUUCGGUCGCAUAACUACAGGUGCACAGGAUGAUUUACAGAAGAUUACAAAAAUCGCGUAUGCGCAAAUUACGCAAUAUGGCAUGAAUGAAAAGGUUGGAAAUGUUAGUUUUGAAAUGCCGGGUUCAGGAGAAAUGGUCUUCGACAAGCCAUACUCGGAGCAUACCGCGCAACUUAUCGAUAAUGAGGUUCGAGAGUUGAUUGAGAGAGCACAUAAGCGAACGUUAGCUCUUCUGAACGAGCAUAAAGAAGAUGUAAUCAAGGUUGCCGAGCGAUUAUUGAAGCAGGAGAUUCUAAGUAGGGACGAUAUGAUCGAAUUACUUGGACCUCGACCUUUCCGUGAAAAAUCCACCUACGAAGAAUUUGUCGAAGGCACAGGUUCCUUCGAAGAGGACACUACGUUACCGGAAGGUUUGAAAGAAUGGAACGUGCAAAAGGGGGAAUCGUCCCAAGACAGUGACAAGAAGAACAAAGCAGCGGAAGCGCAGCCUUCCGAAGCGGCCUCCGGCGACAAGCAGCCGCAGCAACGACUGUAAUUGUAAUAUUUUAGUCUUACAAAUGCUUUGUAUUAUAGUUCGAAAUACACAAUUAUAAUAAGUUCACGGUUGUUCAACAGUGUAUUGUCAGCUGUAUCAGCUGUCGUAAUCACUAUACGCGAAGUUUGUCAAUUUAGCGUGUCGCUUAUGAUGUUUUCAUGUAAUUAAAUUCAAACUAUAUUCCAAUUGUUCCCAUCUCACAUCCGCUUCACCUCCGUCAACUGGGAAUAAUUUAUACGCGGAACAUUUGUACAAAACUAAAAUAAUACUCGUGAAACUUAAAAAUUUCAAGGUCUUUUGUAUCAUGUCAAUAAAACUGCGGAUACUUCCUUCAUUUUUUAAUGAUUAAA